UUGUAGCUGUUUUAGCAAGUAUCCGUGUGGUUAUAUAAAAUCAAUAAUCAACUCCAUCGUCGAAAGCUUUUUCCUUCCUCGUGUUCUGAGAAGAGCACUAUAUGAAAAGAUUAACUCUUUGAAAUGGACGAGCACGAUCCAGCUGCAUUUUGGCUAUUAGAUGAAGCUAUUGAUGAUGACAGACGUAGCGUUGACGAAAAUUUGACAUACUGUGAAUACGUCGACGGUGCAAAGCUUUUUGAAGAAUUGAAAACAAAUCGGAUUCUUGAUGUAUUGCAUCGAGCACGAACAGUCGUUGUAGAAGAAUCAAGGAAAAAAAGACAGCACUUCCAACAACAGGACAAUGCAUUGGACACAAAACGUAGAAAAUCAUAUCCUUCCCCAGCAUUAGAAUCGCAACACGUGCAAAAUCACUCAAAUCAUAACCCCUCGACUUCCACAACGAACAAGAAUGCAAAUCAUACGAGCAAUAGCAGUAGUAACAGUAGUAGACAAGACACUGGUACCAUUACAGAGCAUGGCAUAAAUCAUCUGCAGAAUAGAGCCCAACAUACUACCGAUACCAAUAGCAAUACAAAUAACAUAAUCACCUCAUCUCAACCACCCCUUUUACCACGACAGUCGCGUCAAGAUCCACGAACCUUCCUUCCCUACUACCAAAAGCAUUCAAAACUAAACCAUCAACAUCAGUAAAGACCAGAGUACAGUAAUUAUUUAAUCGGACGGAAUGAUAGUUUAUAGUUAUUUAUA